AUGGCGGAUUAUUCUAGUAAGCAGACUUCGUACAUGUCUAUCCCAUCAGAUGCACAUAAAAGCAAAAAAUUAAAAAAUAUAAAAAAUCCGCAAUGGACUCCAGGCAAAAUAUGGAGUAAUGAAGAACUUUCAAAUCUAAUAAAAAUCGAUUACAACAAUGAAAACUAUAAUUUUCAAUCAAAAUAUGAUCUUCAAACAAUAAAUUCAGAAAAUGUUUUUGAUGAAAACUGUGCAAGUCCAUCAAAAAGUCCUAAAUUUGGUAUUUUAUCACUUGACCCACUUGAUAUUGAAAUAGAAAAUGAAGAUAACACUCAAAAAUUCAUUUUUGAUGAUGAUAUGCGCAAAUUUAUAAAACUUCAAGACUAUAUACUCGAUUUAACUGACGAUAAUUUCAAUGAAUUUAUAUUUUAUCUCACAGAAAAUAAUUAUUUCAAUUCAAUUCAAGGAAUAAUUCAAAUUAUUCGUGAAAUUCCAGUAUUGAUAUCAACAAAACGUAAUAAAUUACCUAUAUCAAUACGAAUAAUUGACUUUCUCAUAUCAAAAAUUAAUAUCUUAAAUAUAAAUAUUUCAAAUGAUGGAGAUGAUGGAAUUUUUAGUAAAUCAAUCGAUUCAAUCGUUCUUGGGACAUAUUUGAAACCAAUUGGUUCAGAUGAUGAUUUUUUGAAAAUGAUUCCUCAAUUUUAUCUUUUAAAGCAUCUUUUGACUCAAUGUAUAUUCAGUUCUGAACAGAUUAUAUCUUGUUUUGAGGACAUUUGUAAGUUUAAUCCAACAAGAACAAAUUAUCAAAAUUUAUUUUUUUGUUAUUUCGCAAACAACAUUGAAGAAAACAGACCUGAGUUAUAUACAUCAAUAUUAAAACGUAUUGACAGUACAAGUUGGUAUUCUUCAACGAAAUUUAAAGAAAAUAUAAUUGAUUUUUAUUUUUUGAAGGCAAACAACUGGGAAAACAUGAAUUACUUGACUAGUAAUGGAUAUUUAGAGUCAUCUAUUGAAGAAGCAAUUUAUAUAAAUGAUGAAUCUUCGUUGAAAAAGUUGAUUCAAAAAAAUGACAAAAAAAUUGAAAGUUUAAAUAACAUUUUUCUUCCUUUGUGUUCAUAUACGAACAAGAUAGAUAUAAGUAUAGAUGAAUAUGCAUGUCUUUGUGGAUCUUUUGAUUGUUUGGACUUUUUAGAAAAUAAUUUUUCGAAAUCAGAUGAAAUUAAAAAUUAUUUCAUGUGUUUUCCAACAGAAACAGCAAUUAGCAUGCAAGAUGUUCCUUUAUAUAAGGAGAAAACUGAUCAGAGUGAUUUAGAAAUAUCAAAAUUCGUUGAAAACUUGAUAAUUUUCAGGAAAAAUGAAAUUUUCAACAAAAUUUUUGAGAGAAACGAAGUUAAUUUGAUUAUUAAUGAAUUGCUUUGUAGUUGUUGUUAUUGGAACUAUUCGUAUGGUGUAGAAAAAGCUGUUAAAUUUGGUGCAAGCAUUAAUUACAAAUCGAAAUAUUCGAAAAACAAAAGUCCAAUUCAUUUUUGUUGUUUGAAUGGAAACAGAGAAAUUUUGAGUUUUCUUUUAUCAUUGAAAACUGUUUUAUUGAAUGCUGUUGAUGAUGAAGGAAAUACUGCAUUGCAUAUUUGUGCUAGAAACAACUUUUCUUUUUUAGUUUCUUUGUUGCUGCAGAAAGGAUCAAAUCCUAAUGUAAAAAACAAAAAUGGACAAACUCCUCUUCAUGAAGCAUCAAUUAAUGGAUGUAUUGAUUGUUGUAGGAUGUUAGUAAACAACAGCAUGAUUGAUAUCAACAUAAAAGAUAACGAUGGAAUGACUGCUAUCAUGUGUGCAAAUAGAAAUGGCCAAUCUGUUGUUAACUGUUAUCUACUCGCACAACCAACUGCAGAAUCAGACAUCUCUCAGAGAAAGAUGUUCAUCCACAAAAAGAUGGUGAAAUCUCAUGAAGAUUUGUCGAGAAGUGACUUCUCAACUGAUGAUUUGAGUCAAGAUUUCUCAAUAGAAUCAAUUUUAUUAAACAGUUAA